AUGGCAGGCGUCGGAGGAGGAGGAGGAGGAGGAGCGGUGAAGGAGGUGAAAUCGAAGGCGGCGCUUGAUCAAACCAUUGGGGAAGGCUCUCCGGUCAUUUUACAUUUCUGGGCGCCUUGGUGCGAGGCCUCCAAGCACAUGGACCAAGUUUUCACUCAUCUCUCCACUGAUUUCCCUCUAGCCCACUUCUACCGGGUUGAAGCUGAAGAACAACCAGAAAUCUCUGAGGCAUAUUCUGUUUCUGCCGUGCCUUAUUUUGUUUUCUUUAAGGAUGGCACUGCAGUUGAUACAUUGGAAGGUGCUGACCCAACUAGUUUGGCCAACAAGGUAGCCAAAGUUGCUGGAUCAAUCAGUCCUGGGGAACCUGCUGCUCCUGCUAGCCUCGGUAUGGCUGCAGGACCUACUAUUCUUGAAACAGUUCAGGAGUUUGCUAAAGAAAAUGGUUCUGGUCGGGUAGGGAGCCUAUCACCUUCUGGUGCUGGUGACCUACUCAAAAAGAGACUCGAGCAGCUUGUCAAUUCUCAUUCAAUUAUGCUUUUCAUGAAAGGGAGCCCCGAAUCCCCCAAAUGUGGUUUCAGUCAAAAAGUAGUUGACAUAUUGAAGAAAGAAAAGGUUAAAUUUGGAAGUUUUGAUAUAUUGACAGACAAUGAGGUUCGUGAAGGAUUGAAGAAAUUUUCCAACUGGCCAACGUUUCCUCAGCUAUACUGUAAGGGCGAACUGCUUGGUGGGUGUGAUAUCGCAAUUGCUAUGCAUGAAGGUGGUGAGCUACAAGAAGUUUUCAAAGAUCAUGGAGUUGAAAUCUCUGAUCCCAGUGAGAUAAAAGCUACCGAACAUGAUGGUGGACAGGGAGGCAUUACGGGUCCUUCAGGCUUGACCACAAUUCUGACUUCUCGACUGCAAGGUCUGAUAAAUUCAAGUGAAGUCAUGCUCUUUAUGAAAGGAAAACCCGACGAACCGCGAUGUGGUUUCAGCCGCAAGGUUGUUGACAUUCUCAGACAGGAGAAAGUCAAAUUUGGGAGUUUUGACAUUCUUAGUGAUGAUGAGGUUCGUCAGGGCCUUAAAGUUUAUUCAAACUGGUCGAGUUAUCCUCAGCUAUACAUAAAGGGCGAACUCAUUGGUGGAUCAGACAUCGUGUUGGAGAUGCAAAAGAGUGAAGAACUUAAGAAGGUUCUAUCCAAGAAAGGGAUCUCGUCUGGUGAAACCCUCGAAGAUCGCCUUAAACAGUUGGUAAAUUCAUCGCCUGUAACGCUUUUCAUGAAGGGUACUCCAGAUGCUCCAAGAUGUGGUUUUAGCUCCAAAGUUGUAAAUGCCCUGAAGGAGAAGGGAGUCGAUUUUGGUUCUUUCGAUAUUCUAACCGAUGAGGGGGUGAGGCAAGGAUUAAAGGCAUACUCAAACUGGCCAACCUUUCCGCAGCUAUAUUACAAAGGAGAGUUGAUAGGAGGCUGUGACAUUGUGAUGGAACUGCACAACAAUGGAGAUAACUUAUACUUAGUCUAUAAAUAUGGAAUUGGAAAUGUUAUACAGUAA